CUUACAAUCCUUCUUCCAAUUAAUACAGUGUCAUUCUUUUGAAUUAAUUCUUGUCCAACCAUGUACGUAUACCAUUUAUCUCUCUUACACGUUUUUAAUUCCUUUUCUUCAUCUUUUUUCUUUUCAUUUUUAUUUCAUAUACCAUGGAUUUGUUACCAAUUUCUCACGAUUGAUUCUACUUAUGCUUUCCUUCCAAUGGAACAUGACUUCUACUUUUUUCUCUUCACUUUGUUGCUUCAGCGGCUGAAGUUCGGCCAAUUUGAAAAUUUAGAAAUGAGAUUCCAAGAACGAAGAGGUGGAUAAAUCGGCUUCCUCCUGUGACUGCCUUUCAAGAUUCGACUAAAAGGUAUAAGUAAAUCUGAAAUUGAUCUUCAAGUAAUUCCAACAAUAGAGGCUAGCUGGAGCAUUCGAAGGUGGUUAUCAAUGAGGAGGAGAAAUGGAAGUUAAAAUGGGAAAACUUAUUUGUCCAAAAAAUGAAAAAAAAAAUGAAUCUGUGAUAGGUUGUUGUAGCAUUCGCCACAGAUGGCUGAGCUUCCGCAAAUGGCAAGUUUGUAAGGGUAAAACAAAGGUGCUUGGUGUCGUACAGGGGUAGAAGUCGGAAAUAUUUUCUUUCACGGUAUACCUUAAUCUGUGUGCCCAACCUCUAUGAUGCAACUAAUUCCGAACGGAGGGAGUAUUAAACAGGAUGGUGACAAGCGCAUUGAUGACUAUACCUCAAUUAUUUUGGUUUAUGUCAUCCCUGAUUCAUACAGUGAUGUCAAAUCUACCAUCAAGUACGGUGGAGAUGAGGUCACCUUGGAUAUUGUGGUUAAUGUCUUAAAGAGUAAAGAACUUGAUUCGAAACAAAAUAUGGGUCAUGACAAUCAGUCUUGGGAUUCUGGUGAGGCCUUGUCUGUGAGGGGUAGGUCUAAGAGUAGGUCCAAAAACCCCAAGAAGGAAAAGAAAGAUAGAUAUAUCGGUGGGCGUAGCUCAACUGGUAGCGAGAGAGUGCUACAAGGGUUAAGUCCUGCGUUCGAUUCCCGGCAACUGCGAUGAAUGGUUACUAUGCUAAAAUGCAUAGAGCCUCUGCAAGUACCGGUGACAGAGCCCCACUCUCUAUCUGUCAGAUUGGGAUUAGAGUCUAAUUUACAUCCUCCCAACGUACCGUCCGGUCAGGGUUGGGGGACCCUCAGGGAUGGGGUGUCAUCCUUUUGGAAAAGAAAGAUAGGACUAGUCUGAAACCUGAUAAGAAGAGAAGUAAGUCUAAGAAGAGGGUCUGUUACAAUUGUGGGAAACCUAACCAUUUCAUUGAGGAUUGCCCUAGUCCCAAGAAAUAUGCAAGUUCAACAUUAAGUGUUUAUUUAAAUUUAAUUUGUUUAUUUUGUUUAUUUGAAAUAAUAUAAAAAUUUCCAACAAUCCCCCACAUAUUUCAAGAAAACAUUUUAAGCCAAAAUAAUUUGAAUAACUGCUGGAUUAACGGGAAUGAGACUUUAAGUCUGGUGUCCGUAGACUAUGAAUCACACCGAGAUGAUUAAGUCUUUAUAAACCGAGGUUUUGGUGAAACAUACAAUUUCUUGAACCAAGAAGCUACUAUGGUAAAUCAGGGUCUUAGUGGUCAUGUCUCACACCCCACAAUUCCUCGCGUUAUCGCCGUUGUGCGUGUUUCGGCCGUGCGCAUGCCUGGUUUUGUUGAAUGCUCUAGAAGUGUCGUCAAUGCUUCAAGGAGGCGGCCCCACCUCACACUCAUAUAGGUGAUCUCAUCAAGUGUGUCCCGCACUUAACACACCACCCAUACGGGCUAUGAUAAUCAUUAAGAGUUUUUACUCAGCCUCACAAGGAAUGCAGUCUAGCCUCACCCUAGAAAUGGACAUUUAAAAUAUGCUAGCAGAACAAACAGAAGACUUGUUAUUACGCAUAUGAACCUGCUUCAUGGGAUCUCCAAUCACACAAGUUGGAUUACCA